GCCCGCCGCCCCACCGAUUUCAGCGCCUGCCUCCCCGCUCCGCGCCGCCUUGUGACGUCACCAAGGAGGCGGAUUCACGCCUACCGAAGACGUCCUCUUUUUUGAUUCUGAUUGGCUGUUCAGGACGUCCGUUAAGAAGUGUGGCCACUCUGCGAGUGCGCGCUGAGCGUGGGCGUCUCCGCAGGGGUGUACGGCAGGCUUUCGAGGCCAGGUACCAGUGCUCCGGCCCCUCCAUCUGGGCUCACUCGGCUCGGCUCAGGGUCGCUGCUGGCGGACGGCGCUCUGCAAUCUUGAGAGGUGCGAGAACCCGGCCCGUCCGAGGUUGCGUAGAUCUGCUGCUCAGGCAGGAAGAUGGCGGCUGCGUCUGUCUCUGCCACCUCUGGUUCUCAGUUCUCGAACAUCUUAGCCAAACCAUCAGGGUCUAACGGAAGUAUGGUUCGCCAUUCCUCAUCUCCCUAUGUAGUAUAUCCACCAGAUAAGCCUUUCCUUAAUAGUGACCUACGACGCUCCCCAAAUAAGCCUACGCUCGCCUAUCCGGAAAGCAACAGUAGAGCCAUAUUUUCUGCUUUGAAGAAUCUUCAAGAUAAGAUUCGACGCUUAGAACUUGAAAGGAUUCAGGCAGAAGAAAGUGUUAAAACCUUGUCUAGAGAAACAACUGAAUAUAAAAAAGUAUUGGAUGAACAGAUACAAAAAAGGGAGAAUUCAAAGCAUGAGGAAUCAAAGCACAAUCAAGAACUGGCAUCUCAGUUGUCAGCUGCAGAAAAUAAAUGUACUCUUUUAGAAAAACAGUUGGAGUACAUGCGUAAGAUGGUAAAGCAUGCAGAAAUGGAAAGGACAUCUGUCUUAGAGAAACAGGUUUCCCUAGAAAGAGAACGGCAACAUGAUCAAACACAUGUUCAGAGCCAACUUGAAAAACUGGAUCUUCUUGAACAGGAGUAUAACAGACUUACCACCAUGCAGGCCGCAGCAGAGAAAAAAAUGGAAGAGUUGGAAGCAAAACUCCAUGAAGAAGAACAGGAAAGAAAACGUAUGCAAGCUAAGGCAGCCCAGUUGCAGACGGGGCUAGAAACAAAUAGACUUAUCCUUGAAGAAAAGGCAACUCCAUGUAUUCCCAGUGCAAGAAGAAUUAAAAAAAAGAAGUCAAAACCACCAGAAAAGAAAGGUUCUAGGAACUGUUUUGCCGUGCAGCCACAUUAUAGAUUAUGCUUGGGUGAUAUGCCUUUUGUAGCUGGAAAGUCCACCAGUCCCAGCCAUGCCGUGGUAGCCAAUGUGCAGCAUGUCUUGCAUCUCAUGAAGCAACACAGUAAAGCCUUGUGCAACGAUCGAGUAGUCAGUAGUGUUCCUUUGGCAAAGCAAGUAUCUUCUCGAAGUGGUAAAAGUAAGAAGCUCUCAGUAACGCCUCGUUCCUCUAGCAGCAUUAAUGAAGAGCUGUCAGAAGUCUUACAGACUUUACAAGAUGAAUUUGGGCAGAUGAGCUUUGACCACCAGCAGCUUGCAAAGCUUAUCCAAGAAUCCCCAACUGUUGAACUGAAAGACAAGCUAGAGUGUGAACUGGAGGCAUUGGUGGGAAGGAUGGAGGCAAAAGCCAAUCAAAUAACUAAAGUUCGAAAAUAUCAAGCCCAGUUGGAGAAGCAAAAGAGAGAAUUAAGAACCACCAAAAAGACUGUUGAUGAAGAAGGGAACAGCAGCAGCCAUCCUUCUGGAAUCGCAAGGACCUCGAAUAAGAAAGACUUUGCCAAACCGAGACCUGGAGAAAAAAGCAGGAAAAAUCUUCAGUUACUGAAGGACAUGCAAACCAUACAGAGUUCAUUACAAAGCAAUACUUUGUGUUGGGAUUACUGACUGCUCCCAGGUCAUAAAUUUUAUUCAGAUAAUGUGUACCUCAUCAGUCAGACACUGAGAAUUUACUUUCCAGGUUUCAUACUCUUUUAUGUUGGAAUUAAUUAAUAGCUGGUGUUGAAGGACCCAAACUUGAUUACACAGGCUUUUCUUGUGUUAGGCAUCAAAACUAAAUGUUAAACGAUUUAAAUGGAAACCAGGGGAGUUCAAAGGCUAAGAAGCCACACAUUGUUCUUUAUUUGAGAUGAGUUUGCUGUACUGAAAUACUGCACUUCGUAAACAAAUUACCAAUUUUUUUACUUGUGGGUGUGAUUUUUUAAAUAGCUCUUUAUAUAUGUCUGAGUAAAAUCAGGUUUAAAUUAUCACAAUAUGUUCCUAUCCCAUAGGCAGUUUGCUUUAAAAGUCAUAUUUUGAAAUCUUCCCCUGGUAUGAAUCACCCAUUUCUCAUUUCCAAUACAGCCAUUAAAUUUACUUUGACUGUUGAUGGAAGUUUUCUAUAUUUAAAUAUUUAUACAUAUUUAAGAGGAUUUUGUUUUGCUUUUUGACAUUUUAAACAUUGAUGGGUAUUAAAUGUAUUGUUAAAAUCCACUAUUAAAAUUUUUUUAAAUACCCAUUCAUUUUAGUCAAUUAACUGGGCUUUUUAAAGUAUAAGCAGAUUGUUAAUGAAAGUAAAUGAGGUUUGGAAUGACUAGAAAGGGAGGUAUAAAGCAUAUGCAUUUGUUUUUAAACACCUGUUUGGAAUCAUGCUAUUAAUUUCAAGGUAUUACGAUCUUUAAUCUUAAAUCCUAGAAGACCCCUUGGACAUUCACUUCGGUGUCCAGUCUGAGCGCAGUGUUAACUGUACACAUGCAUUGUUAUUAUGUUAAUAAUGUAAAUCGAUUUUUAAUCAAGUCGUUCACUUUUUAUAAAUUUGCCACUGAUGUCAAUAAAGCAGCUUUUUUAAGGAAACAAUGAAAUUUUCCUCAACAGCCUGUUACUAAAGGCUUUAUGUGUUCUCUCAAAAAAAUGUGUUUCUAAAUAGGACGUUAACAUAAUGAGAAACAAUAAGACUAUAUGGUAUUUAGUAAAUAAUUUGCCUACCUUGUGCUUACACAGAAUCUAAGCCCAGCAAACAUAUUAAAGAGAUUGCUUUUUAUUCCUCCCCUGGGAUUGAAAUGGAAUUCUAGGACUUUAUCUAGUCAGUAUAAAUUGUAGUGACUGGCUGGGCACUAAGCUUUUUAGGCCUCUUACUGAAUUAAUUUUCUACAGAGUUCUUAAUUUGAUGCUUGUAGGUUUGGGGAUAUAUAUGUGAAUGUCCUGAAAAUGCAUAUAAACUUCAGUUUUCUGAUAAGCAGGUUUGUAUCUUCAUUGAUUUCACAGGAUUUCCAUAGAUCCAAGGGAUCACUGCUCUGGUGACAUGGAAAAUAUUUUUUGUGUCUCAACCACCAUUUUACCUCUUAAACUUGUGUUGUCUCUGUGUUUAAAUUUCAGGUAAUUAAACUGUGUGAGCCUCAUUUGUGUUGUAGUGGCUCCAAGUCCUAGUUAGGAGAAGGCUGGUUACAUGGUGAUGAAACUCACCGUAUCCUUCAGUUAGGGCUCACACGGAAAUACCAUCCCAGCCUCUGAUACCCUCAGCUGAGAACUGAAGGAAAUAUUCCAUACUGCUUCACUUUCCUUGUCUGAGAGUUUGCAGCAGAGGAUUAUGCUGUCAUUUGUCCACUUCAGUUGUACAGGAGCUUUAUUACAGUGCAUUUCAAAUACCAGUAUCUUCUGUGUGUAAGAUGCCUAUCUGGAUACCAAGCUGAGUAAGAAAGGUAUGCUGACAGGUAGGUGGAAGACAUCUAAAUCAUUCAUUCCAAUAGGCGGUAGAUGGGGUCAUGACAGCAAACAAUGUGGGAGCCCAGAGGAAGGUGGGGCAUGGCAGAGACGAGAAUGAUGAAUCAGGGAUAACUUCCCAGAGGAUGAAAUGAUGCCAGGACUGUAGAGAAGAAGAAUAUAUAUGCCUCAAGAGAGAACAGUUCCAGGUCAACAAGAUAAAAUGAAAAAAAGCCAGCCGAUAGGAACCUACAGUUUACGUGAGAAAACUGACUAGCUUGAGUAGUAGAGCCCCCUAAAAUGGGGGGUUUGCAGAUGUAGCUUGAGUAGUAGAGGCCCCUAAAAUGGGGGGUUUGCAGAUGAGACUAGAAGGAUAACAUAUAAGGCACAGGAGGCUAACUACUAGAAGUUUUGACUCGAUCACAUAGGUUUCUAAAUUUUAUAUCCCUCAUAGGAAAAUCUUUAUCUGCACAACCAAUGCAUAAGUAUAUAUAAAGGCAUAAAACAGAACCAUCAACUCAAAUAUUAAAGUUCUGUUUAUAUAAAUACAUAGUACCAAUACUUCCCUGAACCGCAAUGGAUUUUUUUUUUUAGCUUGUAAGAAACAUCUUUAUUACAAGUGUUGUUUUAAUUCAAUAGAUUUGACAGCUAUAACAUUGUGAAAUUUUAAGUUGCACUCUAUUUUUUUGAUACAUUUCUAUAUUGUGAUAUGGUUGUCAUUGUAAAGACACGAGAUUUCAUAAUUAAGGUACAAUAUUGUCUAUAUUCAUUAUACUGUGCAUUAAAUCUCUGAUUUACUUCUA